AUGGCCCUUUACUGUACAGCAAAGACUUCCAAUGUGGUGGCCAUCCCUUUGGUCAAUUUUCAUUCUUUGCUGAGUGCUUGCUACAGCAUCAAUGGUUCCUUCUACAACUCCCUGGCUACAGCCAUUACUUCUUUGGGAAAUGGGCCUGGCAAUGAAUUUGACCUCAUUUUGUAUUCUGAUGAAUGCCUUCCUGCAAAUGCUUUGGGGAGGGCCAACAAAAAAGUCUGGGUUGUGUAUUGUUCCAUCAAGCAAUUGGGCAGGGCAGCUCUGAGUCACACACAAAAUUGGCUUGUGCUUGGCAUCAUCAGGACCAGCAUUGUGGCAACUUUGGAAGGUGGAAUGUCACAAGUGGUGAGAGCAGUGAUGGAACAAAUCUUUUGCAGUGCAGUGGCAUCACCUUUGGUUGGUGUACUUCUACAUGGCCCCAGCAAUCAGGAGUGCAGACUGUUUUACAAACUAGGUUUUAUUGUUCAAGACGGUGCCUCUCAAAAAGUCACUUUUGGACUCAAAGGGGACAGUGGCAGCAAUUUCUGUCUGAAAUGUUGCAAUCAAAUUGUCUUUUUGCAUGAAGGGGAGGAAGAUGCAGAGAAAGCAGUUCUCAGAACAAUUUCCAAAACUGAAUUGGUCCUAGCAACUGAUGAUGAAGCUUUGGCAAGUUGGGACAGAAUGGCACACAGGAAAAAUGCGUGCUCCAAAAAAGAGUUUCAAGUUUGGGAGCAAUGCGCUGGCUGGACUUUCUCUGAAGAAGCUUUACUAUCUUCUCCAAGCUUGAGGCCUUGGCUGAAACCUUGCACACAAUAUAUGCAUGACUACAUGCAUGGCAUGGUAUCCAAUGGCACUUUGAACAUUGGCAUGUACUUGCUGUUGGAGCAUUUGCAAUCUGAAGGCCUUCCAGCUUGGCAUGCAAUGUCGAACUAUUUGGAUUUGUGGUGCUUACCAUCAGCUUUGCAUAAAGUGGGUGCUUUGUCUUCUUUGUUUACAACUGGCAAAGUGGAUUCACACAGAAAUGCCAACAAAGUGAAAGCAACUGCAAGUGAAAUGCUGUGCUUGUACCCCAUUUUGCAGCACUAUGUGGAAAAGAUCGAAUCUCAAGGUGGAGCUUGUCCUGCAACUGAUGCUUUCUUGAAGCUUUGUCACAUGAUGGAUUUGCUGGUGGCAACACCAAUGGGGUGUGUGACUGGCCCCAUGCUUGACAAUGCUGCCUCCAAAGUUUUGGUAGCUUACAAAACAGCUGGGUAUUCAGACCAUUGCAUCAAAAAAUUCCAUUGGCUUUUGCAUUAUGGUGAUGAGUUGGAGGAACAUGGAUUGCUGCUUCCUUGCUGGACAAUGGAGAGGAAACACAAGGAUGUGACCUUGGUGGCCACUAGGGUCCAAAAUUUGAAGAACUUUGAGCAGGGUCUGCUGGUGGAAGUGUUGGGGCAUUGUUUGCACCAAUUGGCUCAAAAGCCCUUUGGGAUCGAAGCUGCACUGGAAUUGAAUGCAAAAGCACCCAAGAAAGUGGUGGCGUGGCUGGAAGCCAAUUUGGGCAUCAGCACCAACAUUGCAAGCUGCAAGACUUUGGUUCUGAAGAAUGGCACUGUGGCAGCAGUGAAUGAUGUUGUGCUGCUUGCCAGUGAGAAGAAAGGCCAGCUGGCUGCAGCCAAGGUGCUGCUUAACUUUGCCAUUGGCAAUGAGGCAUGGUCCAUUGUAGAAAUGCUCAAUUUGGUGGAUUCCAAAAAUGGCCAUGCACUGUGGCAGGAGGCUGGCCAUUGGCUGUGUGUGGCAGCUUCUGAAUUGUUGACAGCUGUUACAUACAGCCAUUGUAAAGCAGGAGUCUUAACAUUGAUUCCUUUCCACUUGAGGUGA